AUGGGGGGUGGUGGGCCUCCCGAGGGUGACCGAGGCAGCGCCGGCCGCGAUCCGUUCCUUUUUCGCGGCCCCCACCCACCCCCCCGGCAGCCCCCUCCUCCGCGCCGCCCCGCUGCUCGCUUCCGCCCGAGAGAGAAUGACUCGGCGGUCGCGGGCAUUGCAGUGGCGCAGGUGAGGCCGCCCCCUCCCCGCCGCCCCCCGUCCCCUCCCCCCGCCUCUCCCGCCCUCUCGGCGGCGCAGCCUCCGCGCCGGGCGCUGCGGCGGCACGCAGCCCUCCUCCCCAACCUGGGCGGCGGCGGCGGCGGGAGUAGCGGGGCGAGGCCGUGCUUCUGUCGAGCCGGUCCCGGGGUGGGGCUCGCCCGAGACCUCGAGCCGAAUUUCCCGGGUUCCGCGGGGGUGGUGGUGGGGGGGCGGGGAGUACUUGAAUAUUCCCGGCGCGGUGGGGGGGGGGGGGGAUGGGGCUGGCUUUCUGUCUCCGCGUGGGGGGGGGGGGCGGUGUUCGGAGCCCAGGUAGGGGAUAGCGUUGAGGGUGGGAAAGACGGGGGACCACAGGACUCGCUCGUCCUCCCGGGGGUGGGGGGGCCUGGUAGACCUGAGGGUCCCUGCGUGGGUGUGUGUCGACCGGGACCCCGCUCGGCGGCGCGGGUGAGCCCGCGCGUAACAGCCGGCGGCGGCCGGGCUCGCCUGGGUGUGGCUCGCCCCCUCCCCCACCGGUUGCAGCUGUCGGGCCCCCGGAGACUAAAGGAGCACCCGCGGCGGCCGGUGGAGGACGGACGCCCGACUGGAGAGUGGGGUGUGUCCGCGGCCGGUCGCUCGUGGUUCCGCUUCUGCGGGCGGGCGGCCCCGGCGUCCGUGCCCCAGAGGCGAGCGGGCGGCUCCCGAUUCCCAGCGCAGGCGGGGGCGCGCGUCUCUUCCCCGCGCCUCCCCCGCCCCGGCCCCGGUGGGGGAAUUAACACUAGGCAGUAGGUUGGGCUCCUUGACACAGAUCCGCCAUGACAAAGAGGGAGAAGCGGGGACUCGCGCGGAGGCACCAGCCUGGGCGGAGCCAACCCAUGUGCGUAUAACAAGGUA